UCAUCCAAUCUCCUCUCGAUCGAUCCCCACUGCAACCUCUGCAGCAAUGGCUAUGGCGGGCUGCUACUGCGUGCGCGAGCACCAGCUUGAAGACGACGACGCCGUCGGCCACCGGCUCCUGCCGCCGGAGAUCCUGGUGGAGAUCGGCAUUAUUGCUGCUGCCGAUCACACCGCCGCCGUCCACGCUCGCCGCGACGCCGUCGUCGAGGAGCUCGCCGCGCGCCUCGUCGGCAUCCUCGGCCUCACGUCGCCGCCGUCCGCCGGCGCAGGCAGACUGGGAGAGAAACGUGCCGCGGCUGCGACGACGACGACGAGUAGUGGCGGCGCCACCCCGCCGUACGGCCGCUCACAUGUGCGCCGCCGCGAGCAGCACCUCGCCGCCGGCGGCGGCGGCGGCGGCGUCAUCGACGGAGGGAUGGCGCGGUACCACGCGCCGGGGUUCGGGACGACACAGUGGCUGGCGCCGCCGGCGUGGUGCGGCGGCGGCGGCGGCGGCACCGGCGUGUUCUUGCCGCGUGGCGAGGUGUACCCGACGAGAACCUUGAACCCUCCCAGGAAACAGGUGCGAAACCGCCGCGUCUGCUGAGGAAUUGAAGGAGGCUGCCAAUGCCAUGGAGACGUACGUUUAGAGAAAUACACUCAUGUUCAUGUCCCAAAUUAAAUCAUCACAUAAUAAAUGUGUAAUCAUCCAUUUGUAGACGAAUAUCACUUAAGAGCAGCAUGUACAACGAUCUUUAUUAGUGGACCCUCUCUAUUGCUAUACGAGUAAAUUUAGUGACAUGCAUGAAAGAAAGAGAGGGGAGGAAAAAAGACAUGGUUGCUACGUACGCAUGAUAACAGCUCAGAAUCAACUCUUAGCAUCUAUUAGAGAAAAUUUUGUUACAUGGGGGUGAAAGAAAGGAAUGAAGAGUACGGAAAAAAUAUUUUGGUACAUAAAUAGUUAGAUACCAUAUUGUUUUAAUUGUUGUAAUUAAAUUGAUAGUCUCUAAAUUGUAUAGAUUUCAUAAUUGAUUGUACCUUUGUACAUGUCCGAAUA